AUGGAGGUAACUUUUGAUCUGUGUGAGAGGAGUGAAGGGAAGAAACAAGAGCCAGCCAUGUGGGGUUUUAUGGUAAUUAUCUUCACAUCUCUGGAGCUAACGCAGAUUGGAGCUUUCAUUUCAUCAUGUGAAAUCAAAAAAAUCAUGAGGAUGGAAAAAGAACUCUGCACCUCGGCCCUUGCCCAGGAAGAAGCAAACAGAACAGCUGGAAAUGAAUUACUCAGGAGUUCAGGCAGAUGCCUUGGCAUGUGGGAUAAUCUUACUUGUUGGCUGUCUUCUCCCAUCGGACAAACUGUUAGUGCACCCUGUCCCCGAGCCUUUCAAAUAGUCACAGGACAAACAGGGCUUAUGUAUCGUAAUUGCACCAAGGAAGGCUGGUCAGAAAAAUAUCCCAAACCAUAUAUUGCUUGUGGCUUAAAUGCCAAACAACUUAACGCCCCUAUAACUGAGUGGGAAUCUAAGGUAUCUUAUCUAAUGAAAUUGGAGACCGUGUACACUAUUGGAAGCAGCAUUUCCCUCAUAGCUCUGACAGCAGCCUUGAGCAUCUUAGCUUCUUUUCGGAAACUCCGCUGUACAAGGAAUUACAUCCAUAUACAGCUUUUUGCUUCUUUCAUCUUAAGGGUGACUGCAAACUUUAUCAAGGAUCCUAUACUGUCAGAGGACACGGAUGAUGCUGUGUACUGUGAAUUACACACAGGCAGGUGCAAGAUGAUCAUAGCCUUUGUUAACUUCUGCAUCAUGGCAAAUUAUAGUUGGCUUCUUGUAGAAGGGCUUUAUCUCCACAGCCUGCUGGCCAUUUCUUUCUUCUCCGACAGAAAGUUCUUCUGGUGGUUUGUGGCUCUGGGAUGGGGUGCUCCUAAGUUAUUCGUAAUUGCAUGGGUCAUAGCCAGACUAUUACAUGAAAAUGCUGGAUGCUGGGAUAUGCAUCUUACGUAUGCCCUAUGGCUCAUUCAAGGUCCCGUGGUGGUUUCUAUUGCAAUCAAUUUCAUUCUAUUUGUUAAUAUUGUGCGGAUUCUGAUGAACAAACUUCGAUGGCCAGAUGGAAGAGGCAAAGACUCCAGCCAAUACAAGAGGCUUGCUAAAUCAACACUGGUGCUCAUCCCUCUCUUUGGAGUCCAUUACAUUAUUUUUGCUUUUUUCCCUUUUGAUACCACAAAUGGCACCAUGGAGGUUCAAGCUUUGCUUGAAAAAGCCCUAGGAUCUUUCCAGGGUUUGGCUGUGGCUGUGCUUUACUGUUUUCUUAAUGGAGAGGUCCGGCAGGAGCUUCAGAGAAAAUGGUGGCAAUGGCACUUAAAGAAGCAUCUUGGUACUCAUAAGCAUCACAGCUCUUCGUUUCCAAAUGAAGUAAGUGUGCUCACUCAAGUCUUGCCACUGACAAAGCCUGGUCCUCAGGAGGAAAGACGACCUUCUCACCCAAUUCUGAGUAAAUUGUAA